AUGCCUGCGAGCGCGCGCUUCGCCCUCGAGCUCGAGUUCGUCCUCUCGCUGGCGAACCCGCACUACCUGUCGCACCUCGCCGUCGCGCACCCUCACCUGCUCGGCAUCACGCAGGCGUCGACCCGCGGCAGAGAGCAGGACAGGAGCAGGGAGGAGAGCCGGGCCUUCGCCGCGUACCUCGCCUACCUCUACGACUACUGGCGGCGUCCCGAGUACGUCCAGUUCCUCACCCACCCCGGCGCGACGCUGCGGGCGCUGCGGCUGCUGCAGGAGGAGGCCUUCAGGCUCGCCGUCAUCCGCCCGCAGGCAUGCCGGCCAAAACACCAGGUCCUGGUGCUCAAGUGCUAUCCGCGCUUCCAGAAAGGCGUCCAGGUCGUCCGGCCAAACUCCUCUGAGCUCAGCUACCUGCUCUACUACGCCAGCACCCGGCGGAGCAAGCUGCAGAAGGUCGGCGCCUUUCUCGAGAAGCGCGCCGCCAGGGACGUCUGGAGGCAGAAGCUGGGCAAUGUGCAGGUGACGAUGCAGCUGCUGGCGGCGCUGAUCGAGAAGCUGCCGCGAGACCUGCCUCUCUACGCAUGCUCCGUCCUCGCCAUCCUCGACACCGUCCUGCAGCACUCGGACGACAUCGCCAUGGUCGAGGAGACCAUCCCGACCUUCCAGGCCCUCUGCUCCCACCAGGACGCCGCCGCCCUCGCCGCGGACGCCCACUACACCAGCCAGUACCGCGACCUCGUACGCAGGUAUGCCGCCCUCGCCUCGCCCGCCGCCCACGCCUCCCUCGCGGCCCCCAUGGCCCUGCGCUGGCGGAACGUCGGCCUCCAGGCCGUCCGGAGCGUCGUCGCCUCCGAGGCCCUCGGCGCGGACUGGUCCAGGCAGCUCUCCAUCGUCAUCCCCGUCGUCCUGCAGAGCCUCUACCACCACGACGACGACGACGACCCGGGCCUCCUGCCGCUGCAGCAGCGCGCCCUGAGCUCGCAGAGCCACGAGCGGGAGCACGCCAGACGCCGCCGGAUGAGCAUAGCCACCGUGCAGACCGUCGACACCGUCGACGGCAACCCCGAGUCCGCCGCCGGCACCGCCGCAGACGCGGACAAGGCCGCCGAGACGGAGGCCCAGGUGCUCGCCCUGCGCUGUCUCGAGAAGAUAUUCACCCCCGGCAGCAACCGGAUGCAGAUCCGGCUGGCCACCGCCCUCGUCCUCGACUUCAUCGUCGCCCGGAACCCCCCCAGGAAGGCCGGCAGGGGCAGCUCCAACUGGGCCACCGACCUGCUCGAGGUCAUCGUCAACUGGACCCCCGUCCAGGACCGCUUCGUCCUCCUCGUCACCCUGGUCGAGGCCCUGGCCGAACGGCCCCUGGUCGACGGCCAGCUCGAGCCCCAGCUCACCCUCGUCUACAUGAUCGAAUGGCUGCUCAGCUCGCCCAUCAACCUCAUCGGCCUCAGCGUCAUGGACGUCCUCAUCGCCCUGCUGCGCUACCUCGUCCUCCUCCUCCAUCUCGGCGACGGGAGGGCCACGGUCGUGCCCCCGCCCAGCAACACCGCCUUCGCCCUCCCCGCUGGCUCUUCCCCUAGCGUUGAUGCCGCCGCUGCUACUACUACUACUACUACUACUACUACUACUACUUCACGGCCCGCCUCCAUGCGCCAGGAACUCCUGCUCCUGCUGCAGUCUUCGGUCGCCAACCUGGCCAACCACGUCUACUAUACCGACCAGAUAUCCGACAUGAUCAGGACCAUCCUCUCACACAUCAAACCCGUCUCGUCAACGUCAACUACAUCAGACGACUCCGAGAAACCAGAGUCCGUGGUGACGGACACGUACUUUUCUACCCCGACGGCCCAGCUCAUCGCCCUCAAGGCGGCCAAGGACACCCUUGUCGCCGCCAACGCCAGACAGACCACGGGCGCAGCCGUAGGAAACGCAGCCGGCGCAGCCACAGACUCCAGACACCGUGUGCCCGUGCAGGCGUGGGAAGGGUCCCAAUGGCUGCUCCGUGACGCCGACAGAGAGGUCAGACACGCCUACGUCGACGCCCUGCUCUGCUGGCUCAGGCUGGAGACCAACGAGAGCGACCUCAGAGCACCCGCCGAACCAUUAAAAGUCGCCAAGAAGAGAGAGCGGGACGUGGCCGAGAAGCUGGCCAGGAGAGCCCUGGGCCAGGACGACAGGCAGGCCGCUUCCGAGGACUCGCGCUUCCUGCAGCAUCUUCACUUCACCGUGUACGAGAUCGCCACCGACCAAUCCGCCGCCGAGGCAGACGUCAUGCUCGUCCACCUCCUGAUGGUCCACCUGGUAGAGCGUCUGGGCGUCAAUGCCGUCAGAUACGGACUCCCCGUCAUGAUCAAAGUGCAAUCCCACUCCCUCGAUGCGUCCUCCCCAUCCUCCCCCCUGAGGGCCGGGAGCCUGGUCCACGGCUACCUCUCCGCCGUGGUCGAGAAGUUCACCCUCGAAGGCACCAAGGUCGGCGGCGAAAUCCUCAACGAAGUCGUCAGGAGAAAGAGGAACGGCCUCUGGCUGUCAAAGAUCCAGCUUCCUCCCCUCCCCGCUACCCGUACACUCGCCGAACAGGCCCUCAACGCAAGCGAGAGCAACGCCGCCCAGUCAGACAGAACCGCGUACGUCCCCUUCACCUCUCUCGCCGAGCUUGUCUCCCAGAUCGAAACCGCGUACGGCCAGUCCUGCCUCUCUCCGCCGUCGAGCCCGGCAGGCUCGCCCAAUGCAGGCCAGGGGCACGCCGUAUUGUCGUCGUCGUCGUCCCAGGCCCGCCACCCACAAACCACCCAGCUGCCACAGCACAUCAAAGAGCAGAUGCUUGCUCCAUGGUCAAGGGAGGCCUGUCUCGCCUCCAUCGAACAGGAACGCACCCGGUCGUCUUCCCUCGCCGGCUCAAAGAACGGCUCUGCCGCGGCCCGCAACCAUCUGAACAUCGCUGCCGGCAAGAAUGCCACCGCCAGCUCCCCGACUGGCACCGACUCGUCACACGGUAAAUGGCACCGCCCCGUCUCCGCCUCUGCCGCCGCCGUUUCCCGGGGCGAAAGCCGCAAAGACCGUCGCCAGAGCCUUACGGAGGUGCCUCACCCGCGUUCUCCGACAACCGCUUCAUCGAGCAAGGACUCAACCGUCCGUGUCAACGAGCUCCGUCGUGUCCUCUCGGUAGUGAACAACUCGAACGUACGCCAUCCGAGCCCCCUACGCGGCCAUUCAAGGCUCGGAAGCGACGCAGACGCCUCAAGCGCAGAGAGCAUGGUCACCGACACCUUCUCUACCUCCGACGCAGGAUUCAGCAGCAUCGGUCCCGCCGGCACCGCUGGCGCCGUGCUGGAGAAAGUCCAGCUCGUGCAUACCCAGCCAACGGCCUCCAGCCGUUCAGACGGCCAUCCCGAAGACGACAUCCCCCCCGUACCACCAAUCCCCGCCGUCUCAUCGUCCUCUUCCACCCGUCAGCCCCGCAGACAAACGACCUCUACCUCAAAAACACGGGAGUCACGGUCCCAUUCUCGUCCUCGCUCGAAAAGCAGAACCAGGACGCCCUCUGCCUCUCGCCGAGCCUCGUCUCCCCAGCCAUCCACCCGCUCCCGCAAACAUAGCAGGAGCGCCGCAGACGCCCAUGGCGAAGGCCACCAGAACCGUCGAGCAGAGGUCGACAAGCUGCUAGAUGGCAUUGCAGCUCCCGGUGAGCGUGAGCACGGAUAUGAGGCUGGGCUUAUUCCCGGUGCGGACACAACCACCAUGUCGAGAAGCCUCUUUGCCCCGACCAAUUCCCGGGCGAGUUCAACCAGGAGGGGAAUAGGCCCGCCCCCUUAUUGA